AGCUACUGCUAUUUAACUCCAUCAGACCACCCGCUCCCAUCACACCCAGCGACAGAACAGCAGAAUAAUGAAGACUCUUGUCCUGGCCCUCGUCCUCCUCUUAGCGGUCAGCAGUUUUGCACUGGACUGCAAUCGCUGUGUUCCGGUGAAACCAGGAGGAACCUGUACUGUUACCACGGAAACCUGCCCACCUGAAAAAGAUGCAUGUGCAUCAACCAAGUUCCUCACACCGCCCUAUUCUUACUACCAGAAGUGCAUGAGAAUGUCUGACUGCGAGAUGCUGCAGACCAAUGCCUACAUCAACAUCAAGUGCUGCCAGAAGGACCUCUGCAAUGUCUUCUAGAACCUUCCAGAUUCCAGGUCCCAAAGGAGAAUUUCAGCCCCUUCUGUUCCCUAUCUAGAUCUUCUUCUAGAAUCUUCAAGGAGUUUCUAGAAUCGCCCAAUUCCAAAAAAAAUAUUGCAGACCUUUCAGCAAAGGCCUGGUUAUAACUAGGACAAGACCGUUAGUCCAGUUCAGUAAAGAAUGCCAUUUAGUCUCCUUUAACUGAAUGCUAUAAAAUGUAACUAUAAAAUGUUGGACAUUUUUGGAUGGUACUGUAAUUUGCAAAAAGUAGUGGAGUAUCUUUUUUUCCAUCCUGUCUAUUUUUGUUGUUGAAUAAAAACAAUAUAAAAAAAUAAUGUUAUAACAUAACUUAA